AUGGGUUUUUUUUUCUACCUCGCGAACUUUGGGACUUCGUGCUACGGGCAGGCUGCGACAACCACGGUCCUCCGAAGCUUUCCAGCGUCGGACAGAGGCAAGGUUGCCGGUGCCAUCAAGUCCAUUUUUGGGCUGAGUUCCGCCGUCCUAUCGGUACUGUACGCCGGGCUGUUCGGAUCGGUCGGGGUAGGGCGGUUCUUGCUUUUUCUGAGUAUUGGGGUGCCGCUAGUGGGCACGAUAUCGUCGGUGCCGAUCAACGUCGUGCCCCCCAAGCACUUGUCGUACGCGACGGAGCGAGUUCAGGGGGUGGAUCCCCGGAUGAAACCGUUCUACACCUGGCUCGGCUCGGUGACCGCGUUUCUCAUCCUCGCGGCCACCCCGGCCCUGCUCCCGUUCACCCUCCCGGUCCCGUGGACGGGCCUCGCUCUGCUGCUGCUGGUAUCCACCGUGGCCGCCGUGCCCUUCUUCUACGGCUCUCUGUACAUCCGAGGCUCUCCGCUGAUGCUCUCCAGGGGCCCCUCGAUGGAUAGCGACGGCGGCAUGGAGAGGGAAGAGCGGCGCGGGAGCGACCUCGCUCCGUGCGAGUUCAGGCUGGAAGACGACCUGUUCGGGCGCGAACACCACCCGCUGCUGGGGGGGCCCGACAACGGGAACGAGACCCACGCGGGUUUGGGGCGGGUGACGGACAGCGGCUACGGGUACACUUGGAAGGAGUGUCUCCAGGAUGGGGGAUGGUGGGCCCUGUACGUGGGCUUUUUUUGCGGUGCCGGUUCGGGGUUGGUCGUCAUCAACAACGUCGCGUCCAUCGCUAGUUCUCUGGGGAUGGUCUCGAGCGACUUGCUGGUGUCGCUUAUUGGGAUUUCGAACGCCCUGGGGAGACUGAGCGCGGGCUGGAUAUCAGACAGAGUCGUGGCUGCGGGGCUUCCGAGAUCGUUGCUCUUGUCCGCGAUGCUACUAACCACUUGCGGCGUGGACUUCCUCCUUGCCGCUGGGAUCCGAUCUUUCCUGUACCCUCUCUGCGUGGCCGCGGGGUGUUGCUACGGGAGCAUGUUUUCAUUGGUGCUAGCGCUGACGGCCGACAUAUUCGGCCCUGAGCACGUGGGCACCAACUACGGGCUCCUCGAUCUAGGCCCCGCGGUCGGGAGCUUCGUUUUCGCGACCGGCGUGGUGGCGUUGUUCUACGACAACGUGGACAACGAGGGUGCCUCUUCCGACGAUUGCGUGGGGCCUCAGUGCUUCGGCGGGACGUUCUUCGUGACGGGACUGUCGUGUCUCUGCGCCUGCGUCGUCGUGUACGUGGUGUUAGUGCGGACGGAUUUCAACAACAGGUCCCGCCGGGCGGAGCUGUGAGCCCCGAGCUUCUUCCUCGCGCGCUCCUCGCGUGCUUGGUUCGUGGUGUUGUGGCCGAGCGCUCCUUCUUUCGGGACGUGAGGGCGUCUGUCGUGACUAUGUGGUCGAGGCUAGACUGCUGUGCUGUGGCGCGCGGGAUGUGUACCGCUGCCCUGUGUAGCUUUUUGCUCGGUGGUGACCUCUUCACCACUGCCGUGGACUUGACUGUGCUUGCUGUCGCUCGAUUUCAGGCAGAAGGUGAAAGCGUAGAUUACGGUUUUCCUAGCGGCGCCAUCCCUCGAUAACACCGAGGCAGGGUGCAAGUGGAAUUGUGUUCAUUUGUAAGCGAUCAAGACACCAGCAGUGCAGCACGCUAUAGAGACAGAUAGUCUCGAGGUUCGGCGGCAGCAUCCGCUCCUCAUGGCACGUAUACUGUUGGCAUGCCGUUCGUCAUUUCCAGGUGCUCCUUGCUGUAAACUAUCAGUGUGCUAUGUGCUAUGCUCCUGGACAAAGGGCGUGGGUGUUACUAUUCUUGCGCUGCCUUCGGGGAAAUCAUUUUCAGAGUGUUGGAACAAUCGACUGUGGGACCUCUAGUUCUGAAAAUUACUUCGGUGUGUUUUAUAGACUCCUGUUCAUGCGUUUGUCUCCGAACAAACCGUGUCGCGAGCUGUCGUUGUGUGUGUGUGUUUGUGUGUGUCUCUUUCCGUCCCGUCUGUUGUGGGGUGGCGUGUCUACACGCCUCGUGGUAUGUUUUUUUCGUAUCAGCCUGUGCUGCUUGCACAGGACUGCGGAACAUUAACACAGGGAAAAUGUUUCCUUGUGUCGUCGAAAAAUUCGCUGGAUUUUUUUAAAGUCGGCCGAUAUUUUUUUGUAGUUUUUUGCUUGAGCCCUCUGGUGGGCGGCGGGUACAAAUAAGGUGCAUGGGCGAGCCCCGCGUGCAUGUGUGCUGCAUUGUUCUGCCAAUCAUAUUACCGUGAUUUUUCUAGU